GAGGUGUGAUUCCCUUAAUGGAUUACGGUUGGCUCGUCUUAUCAGUAGUAAAAUAUAUCCAUAUAAAGAAGAAAGAGCAAAAUAUGGCUUGUCACCCUUAGAAGGUGAAAGAAUCCGCCUGGGUCUUUUUACUCUAGGGCUUGAGCAGCAGUUCCGUCGUCUAGAUGUACAGAUGAGUGUGGAAGAAAUCCUUUACGCCAUACUUAUCGGAUGUGCCAUAGGCUUGUCAAACAGCCAAGAUGCCACCGUCGGGUGCACGGGGGAAGCCGACAUCGUAUUUCUUGUGCAUUCCUCAAACAGUCUGGGGAACAGUGGAUUUCGACAAGAACUAAAUUUCGUGCAGCAGCUUAUAGUAGGGUUCGAUAUAUCCCCUGAUUUGGUGAGGGUUGGACUGGUGACAUUUUCAUCUUCCUCUGAGCUACGGUUCCCGUUGAACAGAUACCAAGAUGUCCAAGGGCUACUUAAAGCAGUCAAGGCAGUACCUUUCAAGAAAGGCAAUGCAGCAACGCACAUGGCUUUCUUACGAACCAGGGCCCAGGUAUUCCAGCGAGGCUCGGGAGAUAGACGGAACGUCACCAACGUUAUUGUCCUUUUGACGGGUGAGCAAUCCAGAUUUCCAGACAGAACUUUGACGGGCGCUCGCCAACUUAAGAAUGACGGUGCAAUCAUCUAUGCAGUCGGAAUCGGCGAUAAGCUGGAUAAACAGGAACUGUCAGCAAUCGCUUCUGAUAAGGACACACUCUUCACGGUGGACAGUUCAAGCCAGCUACUUGGACUUAGAAACAAACUUUUGGCUGCCAUCUGUACCAGCAAAGAGACACCGGGACUUAGUUUAGCUAUACCAGGGCAAGCUACAGUUGGCCCGGGAACAACAACAGCUUACGUGCCUCCUCUAGCUGUCCAUAUAGAUGAUUUUUGCGGCAAGUGUGUUGUCAAUGGUGGUCCUCUAACAGAAAAUGGAGCCGUUGGAUACAUAUUCGAUCCGUACAGCUGUACAUCAUACUGGAUGUGUGAGAGACGGCCCAACAGGGGCCUGGACGGCUGGAUGUAUACUGUCAUUGUUCGCAACUGUUCCAUUGGAACCGUUUGGGAUCAAGAUAGCCAAGCUUGCAUCCGCUGUGACGAUCCUCAAGCUGUUUGCAAAGGCACCGCACCCAAGCCACCGAUGGGUUCCUCGCAUUGUCCUUUUCCCGACCAUCAGACUGGACUAAGGCCCACAAAAUCUAUGUACACGUGGGGCGAAAGUUGCACCGACUCUGUUGGAAACACCCUUACAUCUGUUGUUGAAGAUGAACAGAUAUAUUACAUAUUACAAUAUCCACGGGCCCCUGUAGGGCCGGUGUCCUGUUUUCCACACAGAUUUAGCCUAAGCCGCUGUGGAUGUGAAGCCCCUGUUUUUAGCUCCAUCAUUUUUCAAUAUGAGGACGAUUAUGCUUCAAUAGGGAAGACCGCGUAUUCUGAGCCAAAUGAUGUUGCCCAUGCUUCACUGUGUGAGAAUACUAUUGAAGUUCCCGAUAUGGCCAGGGUGGGGGAUGGUGCUCUGUGUAUCGAUGAGUUCGGUCAUGUUGAAAUCCCUUAUUUCAAGAACAACCCCCCUGACUAUCCAUUCACCAUUCAUUUCUUCUACUGGCUGGAUGAGGAUGUGAACACAGAGGGAAGGAGUAUUGCACUACUCAACAACGGCAAGUGCGACAUCUUACCGACUGUUGAAAUCUAUUUCGAAGAAGGUGGAGUUGGGGUUUAUAUGGAGACAGAGGACGGAUUUUACGAUAUACCACCACAGUAUGUGGAAGGUGGGGGACAAGGGGCCUGGGUGUGUGUUGCCGUGACAUACGAUGGAGAUUACAUGGCGUUGUAUUUAGAGGGCGAAGAAUCUGAAGCUGUAGAGGCAUCUGGUGAUAUUGUUGCAACAGAAUCCGCCUGGAUUCUAGGAAACAGUUACUAUUAUGAGGACGAGUAUCUGUACGACGAUUAUGACCCAAGUUUCGAAGGACGAUUUGACGAGGUGUCAUUUUAUAACAGAGUACUCUCAGCCGAGGAGAUUGGGGAAUUAUGUUCACAAUAAGGGCCAAGACCAGAGCCCACUUGAGAAUGAUUGACAGCUGACAAGGAUAACUCAUUCCAUCCCAAUUCAC